AUGGAAAUUUGUGAAUUAUUUAAGGAAACUGUAAGAUAUAUUGUGUAUUAAAGCUUAAAGAAGAGGAUGAUAAUAAAAGAUAAGCUAUGAUGUUUUAUGUUUGUCGAAAACUUGGUAGAAUACUUCCUUUUCCUUCAAUAGUCACAAUUUUAUAAUAAAACCCUAAUAUUUUAAAAUAUCUUCUGAUAGCCAGUUAAUUAGAUGAUAAUAGUGUAAUAUUAAUAAAUAUAUAGGCUUUAAUGAUGUUCCAAGCAUUAUAAGAGAGAUAUUAUGAUGAAAAGUUAUUUGUCAAACUCUAUUUUGAUUGUGUGAUAAAAUGUUUAAUAAAUUAGGAGAGUAAUGUAUAAAGUAUGAACUUUGCUAGUUUAUAGUUAAAAGGUAAUAAAGAAUGAAGGCAAAUUAAGAUCUUUUUUAUUUGAGAAUUCUAAAUACUUAAUUAAUAAAAUAGAAGAGACAUUCAUAAAUGAAGAAAAUAUUUGUGUGAUAAUAAAUAACUUUUUUAAAGGUUAUAUAAAAUACAAUCCAAAUUUUGAUAUGCUUAAUUAAUGCUUCUAAUAUGCAUUAGAGAAACGUAGUGUUUGGAAAAUGCUUAGAGAAAUUGAUUAAUAAUUUGAAAUGGAUGUUGAAAAUUGUAUAAAAUAAUAAUUAUAAUAGAACUAAUUCUAUUAAGUUAGGCAAUGAGUACAAAAAAUCUAGAUUUUUAAAUUUAAAAUUGUAAAAACAAAAAUAUAGAAUAAAAAUAUUUUGGUUUAAGUAAAACUGAAAUGAAAUAAUAAAUACUUGAAGAAUGGUUAUUUUAACCUAGUGAAGUGCCAUUACUUGUAGCUAAUCAUCCUUCUUAAGAUUAAUUAUAAAAUGAUGUUUUUAAAUCAAAUAAAAUGUUGGAUAUACUCUUAUCAUUUAUGUUAUAUCCAACUAAAUAUUCUUAAAUAACUUAGAAUGUAAGAUUUAAUCAUAUUUAUUUAGAAAUUAUAAAAUAUAUAUGUAGAUCUCUAAUAUCCUGAUCCACCAUCUUUUAGAUAAUUAAAUAUUAAAAUUUCUUAAGAUGAUAGACCUGCAAUUUAAUUUAGGGCCUUUAGAACUAUGCAAGCAUUAACUGAUAAUAGAAACAUUUUUCUUUUGACUAAAAUUAAUUAAGGAUAUUAUUAAAGAGCCUAUUCAAUGAUUCAUGAAUGUCUUAAAUAAGAUUUAGUUGCCAUAAUAAUUUGUCCUGAGAUUAUUGUAUAAUAUCUUACAUUCUUACUUUAUUCAGAACCUUAGAUAUCUACUUUUUAUUUAAUAUCCUAUCAUUUACCUUUCAGAUUAAUGCUAUUUCUUGAUAUUCCUGAAAUAUCUUAAUAUUUCACAUAAUUUAUGAGUUUUAUUUAAUCUCCUUAUUACAAAUUUGAUUCUUAACAAACAAUAUUAUUAUGGAAAUAUUUUGAGUUGACCAAUUUUUUUUCAGAUUUAUUAGAAACAACAUUAUUUGAUUAAAAAUUGUUAGAUAAUAUAAUUUCAAAAAAAUCUACAGAAUUAUAUAAACCAUCCAAAAUUGAAGAACUCUAGAAAAAACCUGACUUUUCACCUUUAGAAAUUGAAAAAUAAUUUAUUUAACCAGAACAUAAAAAAGUUACUGAAGAAAUUGACCAACUUAAUUAAGAUUUUGAUCAAAUUUUUGAAUAUCUUUCUAACAAACGUUAAAAAACUAAAAAACUUUUUGAAAGAAUGCUUUAUCAAGCUACACAAAAGGCAAAUAUUAAAUAUUAGGAUAACACGAAUAUAAAAAAUUAUUUUCCUUAACCUAUAUAAACAGUAAAAAAUUUAAAAGCUUAAGGAAUAGAAUCUAUUAAUUUUAGUCCAACUAAAAGAAAAACUAUUGUAGCUCCAAAAUUAGUUUAAUUACUUGAUAAUAAUUCAAGAUAUUCAAUGCAAUAGAGUGAUAAAGAAUAUUAAACUUAACAUAUAUCAUCUAAUAACACAUCUAGAAGUUAAUUAUAAGCACUUACUAAUCCUAAUAAUUUAUUAGGUGUUAUUAAUGAGUCUAUUUAAAAUCAAACUAAUAAACCUCUAUAAGAUUUUAAGUCAAAACCUAUUUAUUAAAGAAUUCUUGUAAAAAGACCGACAUAAACAAUUAUGCUUUAUAGUUAAUAUUAAUAAAAAUCAAUUAAAAGAUUAAGCCAAUAAUCUUCUUCUUUAGUUAAUAUUAAUAUUAAUGAUUCCUUAAAUAAAUCUAAAUUAUAAAAUUCAUUCAUUUUGAAUAAAUUUAAUCAUCUAGUAGGAAAUAUAAAAUCUAAUGAAUCUGAAAGAGAAUUUAAUAUAUAUCCUCCUGAACUUAAAGAUUAAUAAAUCUCUGAUUUAGAAACAUUAGCUAUUGAUUAAUAAUUCUAAUAGUUAUGUUAACAAAAUGAAAAUUAUACAAAAGGUGUUUUAUAAUGUAUUUAUGAUCUACUAUUAAUGAUAUUUACACCAAAGAAGUUUAUUUUAUCUAAUAAUUUAUAUUUUUAAAAACCAGAAUAUUAUCUUAAUAUAAUUCUUGGUGGAGAUGAUCAAUAAAAAUUUAUUCAAAUCAUUGCUAAAAAUUAUUUAUUGAAAUAGAAAUUUGGAGAAGAAUAUUAAAGCACAUCAUUAAUUGCAGGUCGAAUUUAUAAUCUUUUGCAUAACUAAACUUUGGAUAAAUAUAUAUAUUUUAAUUAUUAAGAGCAUUUGAUAUUGAUAGUCAAAAUACUUGUUACUUAACUUCUAUCUUAAUCAUUAUCAGCAAGAGUUAUUAUUCUUUUAGAAAGUCUUGCUUUAAUUCUUGAAAAAACUAAGGAAAAACUAUUAUAGUUAAUUUCAAUAUCGUUUUGGCACUUAUUAAUUGAAUCCUGCUAAAUUCAUUAUGAAAAUUCAUUUUUUAUGAAUUUCUUUACUAGAAUUUUAACAAUAACUUUUAUUUAUGGAAAUUUGGUUAUAUUUCAAAGAAUAUUAUUGAAAAUCAAUUUUUUGUCCUAUUUUAUAUAAAAUCCAUUACUAAUUAGAUCAUUAUUUUUAAUAAUAUUUCUCAAUUUUAAAUUAAAAUAAGAUGAAAUAAAAAAAAUUAAAUAAUAGAUUUUUCAAAUGUCUUCUUGGAACUUUUUUUAUACUCAUUUUCAAAGGUAUUUUUUUAUUUUUUUAUUUGAGUGACAUAAAAUUAUUGGAAUCUUAAGAAUAUAAAAAUAUUCUUAAAUAUAUUAAAACAGAUGAUUUUCUUUAUAUUGAGUCCUUAAUUGAGAACAAAUAUGUAAAAAAGCAUAAAAUUUUAACUCAUUGA